GGCGAAGCGAAGGAACCCAACCCAACCUCGCCGCCGGGGGGACCGGUAAGCCCGGGCGCGCAGCGACCGGACACCGGAGAGCGGCCUGCCCUACACCGCACCACGGUUCUAGGACUUCUCCAUUCCCAGCGUCCUCGCGCCCCCUCGCUGCCUCGCCGCCCGACCGCUCGCCCGCAGACUCCGGCGAUGGGCUCGACCUCGAGGGAACCCCCGCCGGAUCCUCCUGCGCCGCCACCGGCCCGAGCAGGGGACACAGAAGCUCGUUGGAGCAUUGCAAGUCUCCAAGAGGCAGCUGGGGAUUAUACGCCAAGGUUGGGUCGAGAAUUUGACUCUGAACUCGAGGCAUAUGAGUUCUACCUUAAUUAUGCAUGGAAGGUGGGGUUUACUGUCCGAAGGGAAUGUGCUAAUAAAAGCAGGAAAAGUGGAGAGAUAAGCUCCAGCAAGUAUGUUUGUUCAAGGGAAGGAUUUAAGUCCAUGGAUAAAAGAACCAACCGUUCCAAGACUCCGCAGCCCGAUACAAGAACAGGAUGUAAGGCAUGUCUGACUGUGAGGCGCAACAAUGAUAGCACAAAGUAUGAAGUAUAUGGUUUUGAGCCAAAGCACAACCAUCCUUUGGUUGUUCCAUCCUGUGCUAAUCCCUUACAGAGGAAGUUAGUUGAUAUUCAAUCAGCACAAGCCAACAAUUCCAGUAAUGUGACUAGUGCAUGUGAGCCUGAAAGCAGAAAUUCUGUUAUAGGGGACAAUGCCGUUACUUCCAGAGAAUGGCAACGCCCUCUAAGAACUAGGAGGCAAAGGGAAAUCGAGUAUGGAGAAGCUGCUGCACUUUUGAACUACCUCCAAGACCAAUCUCGAGCUGGCCCUUUAUUUUAUCAUGCUGUACAGCUGGACGCUGAAGACAAAAUUGCGAACAUUUUCUGGGCAGAUGUGAAGAUGAUCACUGAUUUUAGUCAAUUUGGUGACGUUGUUUCCUUUGAUAUUGUAUCCAGAGACAGCAUGGAUCUCCGGCCCUUUGCUUCGUUUGUUGGGUUUAACAAUUAUGGGGAGACCGUUUUGCUAGGAAUGGCACUUAUGUAUGAUGGGACUGUAGAAUCAUUCCAUUGGCUGUUUGACACGUUCUUGAAUGCAAUGUCUGGACGUGCACCUAGGACUAUUUUUUACCGUCAAGAUGCAUAUGUAGGGAUGGCCAUCUCAAUGGUAAUGCCUGAUACAUGCCAUGCUCUAUGUACAUGGCACCUGAAGCAGACUGCAAAAAGUAACAUAAAUUACCUUAUUAAAAGGGACUGUGAUUUCAUGAAGGAAUUCAAGGCGUGCAUCAAUUAUUAUGAGGAAGAGAGGGAGCUUUUUACUUCUUGGGAAGUUAUGAUCAAUAAGUAUAGCCUUCAUGGCAAUGUGUGGUUGCAAAAGGUAUUUGAAGAAAAAGAAAAAUGGGCUGGGCCGUACAUGAAGUGGACAUUUUCAGCUGGUAUGAAGAACACACAAUUGAAUGAACGUCUGCAUUCUGAUGUUGGGGAUUAUUUGAGAACAGAUGUAGAUAUUACUCUGUUCAUGAAGCACCUUCAGAAAGUGGUGGAUGACAGACGGUAUACAGAAUUGGAGAUCGAAUUCAGUUCCAAGCUAAAGUUGCCAGACUUUAAGAUUAGAGCUCCUAUUCUGAUACAAGCUUCUGAGGCCUAUACCGAUAUGAUAUUUCAGCUUUUCCAAGAAGAAUACGAAGAGUUCCAGUCAGCAUACAUUGUGAGUCGUGAUGAAAGUGGCCCCUGCCGUGAGUAUAUUGUUGCCAUUCUUGAUAAAGAAAGGAAGCAUAAAGUCUAUGGAAAUCCUUCCGAGCAGACUGUUUUAUGUUCAUGUAGGAAGUUUGAGACUCUUGGUUUCCUGUGCAGCCAUGCUUUGAAAAUUUUAGAUACAAUGGAUAUAAAGUACCUGCCUCAUAGGUAUAUCUUGAAGAGGUGGACCAAAUAUGCGAGGUGUUUGACAUCACAAGUUGAUGAUCGAAAAGUUCAGGAAGAUACUACAUUAGAAUUUUCUAAUCGCUACCAAUACUUGUGCCCUGUAUUUGUUAGACUUGUUGCUAGGGCAUCAGUAUGUGAGGAAUCAUACAGAGCUCUAGAGCAAUGUUCAGUAGAAAUGAGUAAGAAAGUUGAAGGAAUUAUUCGGAAACAAACCAGCAUAGAUGCAUCAGCCUGUGAGCCUGAUACUGUGGACAUCCAGAUAUCCUUGUCUGUUAGUGCCACGGACAAUGAGUCAGAACAUGCAAUGAAUUAUUCAAGCAAUAAAAGAUCAAAGAAAACCAAAAAGAAAGGUCAUAAAGAUAAAAGUCAAACAAGAAGUUGCAUCAAAAAAGGGUUGCAGAAUAAGAAAACACUGCAGCUAGAACAACCUGCGGUGCAAUUUUUCAUGUUGGAUACUCCUACCCAAACUGUACAGGAUUCAUUAAGGGAAGGCCUUUCAAGUCCAUUUCCAAUGGGCCAAUUGCACUAUUAGAAAAUGCAGCCAGGCUUAAGCCCUAGCUUCACACAGUCAUAGCCUUUCAGGAUUUAGGUCUUGAUCCAUAUUGUGCUUCUGAUCCAUCAAGUUACAGCCAACAUAAUCAGCAGGGCUUGUAGUUGCAGUAAAUAACAGUUAUGAUGCAAUGGACCGACCACCUCGUCAGGAUAAUAUCUACUAUCUAUCAAUCAGUGACUGGAAGCACUCAGCAUUUGCCUUCCUGAGUUUCCACAAGCCACGCAGCAUGCAGAAAUGAAGUCUGAUAUCUGGCUGGUUUCUGAAAUUCAGACUGAUUCUGUGCAUCAAUCAGCAAUUGGCACCUUAAAUUCAGAUGUAAUCUGAUUAGCUAUUUCAGACUAAUUCACAUGGGUGCAUCCACAUCGUACGCGAGGCAUGGAGGAGCAUUCAUCUUUUGUGACUAAGGGGGUGCUUGGUUGUUGGCCACAGCUCGCCACAGCUACAGUACCCACGCCACAGCAUAGCCAACAGCAUUUGCGCCCGCUGGCUGUGGCGCCUUGAAAGCCUGCCACAGGCUGUGGCGCGGGCGUGCGUGGCGUGGCCAAUGGAGGCCAGGAACCAAGCAGCCCCUAACUGUGAUCGCUCUGUACAGCUAUUAGAAGUAGCAGUCGAGCAGAAUCUGUAGUGGUAGACGACAGUCUGUGCAUAACCUUUUAAAACCAGAUUUGUUUUCUAGGAUAGAUAGCAUAGUCUUAGGCUCUUAGCUGCUACUAUUAUGGAUGGCACAGGCCUAACUGUACAAAUCUUUCACAUUACCUUGUUUGGAUCUUACCUUUUGAUGAGGAGAUUCAUGUUCUAUACUUGCGAAUUCUGCCAGCUUUGUAUUUGUGCA